AUGGUGGCCAAGUACGGUUCCUUCAAGCAGAGUUUCGCCGAGAAGAGGGAGAGGCUGCUUUCGGUGAAGGAAUUUCCAGACCUAGGUUUCACCGCCGUCGAAAUCAAUGGGGAGAGUUCUUCCUGUUGUUCCUCGUUUCGGCCCCUUUCUGCUGCAAUCUCGAAUCUUUGGAAGUCGGUGCAAGAUGUUCUUCGCGAGGCCUGGCAGAUGGGUGUGUCCGACCCGAGGAAGAUCGUUUUCUCAGCGAAGAUGGGUCUCGCUCUCACGCUUAUUUCCUUGUUGAUCUUCUUCAAGCAGCCCAUCGAGGAGCUCAGCCGCUACUCUGUCUGGGCAAUUCUCACCGUCGUUGUUGUCUUUGAAUUUAGCAUAGGAGCUACUCUGAGCAAAGGAUUUAAUCGUGGAUUGGGCACGCUUUCGGCUGGAGGUCUUGCGUUGGGAAUAGCAGAAUUAUCAGUUCUUUCAGGAGAGUGGGAGGAGGUUGUGGUUGUUAUCAGUAUCUUUAUCAUAGGAUUCUUUGCUACUUAUGCCAAGCUAUAUCCCACAAUGAAGCCUUACGAGUAUGGAUUUCGGGUCUUCUUGUUGACGUAUUGUUUCAUAAUGGUGUCAGGGUAUAGGACAAGAGAAUUUAUCCAUACGGCUGUGACUCGAUUCUUGCUCAUUGCGCUCGGUGCUGGUGUGUGUUUGGUUGUAAACAUAUGCAUUUAUCCCAUAUGGGCUGGUGAAGAUCUACACAAUCUAGUAGCCAAAAACUUUGCAGCCGUGGCAGCAUCUUUAGAAGGUUGUGUCAAUAACUACCUUAACUGUGUUGAGUACGAGAGAAUACCUUCGAAAAUCCUUACCUACCAAGCAUCUGAUGAUCCACUGUACAAAGGCUACAGGUCAGCUGUGGAAUCUAUGAGUCAAGAGGAAUCUCUGAUGGGAUUCGCAAUCUGGGAACCGCCACAUGGUCCUUACAAGAUGCUUAAAUAUCCAUGGAAGAAUUACGUUGAAGUAGCUGGUGCACUGAGACAUUGUGCCUUCGCUAUCAUGGCAUUACAUGGAUGUAUACUUUCAGAAAUACAGGCCUCGGCUGAAAGACGGCAGGUUUUUGGCAGCGAGAUCCGAAGGGUAGGUUGCGAGGGUGCUGAAGUCUUGCGUGAGCUUGGAGACAAGUUAAAGAAGAUGGAAAAAUUAGGAUCAGUGGACAUCCUUUCUGAGGUACAUGAUGCUGCAGAAGAGUUGCAAAAGAAGAUCGACAGAAAAUCCUACCUUCUUGUCAACUCGGAGAGCUGGGAAAUCGGUAAUCGUCCCGAGGUUGAGGACAUUGGACAGCCUCAAGAAUUUAUCAACUUGGAUGAUGAGGAAACAAGGUUUCAUGAAUACAGAUCCCUCAGUGAAGCUGUACUGGAUCUCAGGUCUUUCCCAAUCCCAAAAGGCUGGAACGACAGCAUGUCGUCAGACAUCAACUCUGUACAGCCUGCUGCAAGUCCCUCCGCCAAAAUGUUCAAGAAACAGGGAUCAUGGCCUGCAAAGGUUUCGAUCAAACCAAAUGCCGUCCCCGAGGAAGAAGAAUCAAAAACUUACGAAAACGCAAGCGCAUUGUCGUUAGCUACGUUUACAUCUCUUCUGAUUGAAUUUGUCGCAAGGCUGCAGAACCUUGUUGACUCUUAUGAAGAACUAAGUGAGAGAGCUAAGUUUAAAGAUCCUGUUGAGUUGAUCUCCACAUCGAAACCUCCCGGGUUUUGGAGGCGGUUCUGCAACUGUUUUAAGGUAUAGACGUUAAAGAUAAGCGUCUUCAUCAGCCAAGGAUGAAUCCGAUGAUCUGGCUACAGAGUGACUUUAUUAUGUAUUUAGAGUCGUCAGGAAAGUAGAUGUAAAUGUAAAAGAUUAGAAAUAGAGAUGGUAGUGAAAUGAAAAAUCUUCUCAUCUAACUUAACCUAUGAUGUUGCUUGCUUGAAUAAAUCCUUCCAAUUUCUCUCGAA